ACCCUAAAUUGCUCCUUCUUCGAGCUUUGGGUGAUUGCGUGAACCUUGGCAAGAGUCCCGUCCAUCGCCUGUGCAAGGGCCGGAAACCGAGUAGCAACCAUGGCCGUCUUCACCUUCAUCGUUAAGAAAUCAGGCGACUCAUGGACCGCCAAGCAGCACGGCGGCGAGGCCAACCUUGAGGCCAGCUCUGCUUCCACCUGGGAGCUCCAGCGCAAGCUCUCUAACUUGGCCUUGACGACCGCUGGAUCAGGCGCCAUCUCAUCUUCUUUCUCCCUGAUUACUCCCGACUCUGGUGUUGCCCAGGUUGUUAUAGGUGGAGGAGGCGGCGGUGGCUUUUCCGCAGGAUCCGCCCCUGCUGCCUCGGGCGGUGCUGCUGCACCAGCUGCUGAGGAAAAGAAGGAAGAGAAGGUGGAGGAAAAGGAAGAGAGCGAUGACGAUAUGGGAUUCUCUCUCUUCGACUAGAUUCACAACCCUUUUGUACCCCUGUAGCAGAGGCAGAGUUCUGUCGCAAUUCAAUAUGAUCACCGCACUGCACGGUUCGGCAAUAUGAAAUAUUUGGUUUGUGGAUGAUUAUAGUUA